GACCUUAACAAAUCAUUUCCUUUUUGAAAAUGUUCCCGAUAAACAAAUAUGAAAAUUUGUUCUACUUUGUAAAAUUCAAAGUUUAGACUUUGUGUAAAAAGGAAUGUUAAAUUUUACAAGGCAAAUAUGGGCUCUUACUAUAAACGGCCCAAAAGUGAUGUUACUGAAUAUUGCUUUAUCACUUAUCAGGUUAAGGAUGCAAAAUGACAACAUUACCCCUUUGUUGGUACGUCAAAGCAAGAGAUGAUUUCGAUGAAAACCCUAGGCUCAAUCACGCGCGAAACACGUGAGCCCGUAGUACAGAGGCGCCGCAAGGUUAACGGUUCAUAUUAGCCGUUGGAUGAAGUUCCACGUCAUUAAUCCGCGUCAAGCAAACAUUCAACGGUCCAGAUUACGCGUUGCGUGUAGCUACUCUGAAGAACGAAGAACCCCCUCUAGUCUCCAUCUCUCUCUCUCUCAUCACCGUCUAUUCCCCCCCAAUUCUGACAAAAAUUUUGCUGUGAAUUUUCGGCAAACAUGAAGAUGUUGAUCGAAGAAGAGUUCGAGUUCGAAGGUGAGAACAAGGUUGAAGAAAUCGUUGUGGAUGAUACCGAAGAAAUUGAUAGUGAAGUUGAAGUUGAAGAAGACGACGGCGAGGACGACGACGAAGAUGAUGAUGACGCCGACGAAGAGGAGGAGGAAGAAGACGACGAUGAUGUGCAGGAGGUUUUCCAAAGCUCCGGUAGUGGUCCAGCGGCUCAGCCGGUAGAAGCCGACGAUGAUGACGAGGAUGACGACGAAGAGGAUGAAGACGAUGAUGGAGACGACGACGAUGACGAUGACGGUGAAGACAGCGACGACGACGAUGACGACGAGGAAGGUGAACAAGAGGAGGAGGAUAUGGGGACCGAAUACUUGGUUCGACCCGUGGCUAACCCGGAAGACGAAGAAGAUGCAAGUGAUUUUGAACCCGAAGAAAAUGGAGCGGAAGAAGAUGAAUUUGAAGAAGAAGAAGAUGAAGAUGAACAAGUUUGGUGUCUUGGGAUCUAUGAUGAUGAUGAUCAUGGAUACAUAGGGAAAAAGGCUUGUGUUAUUUAA